AUGAAUCAUUUGAACGAAUCAUAUCACGCAUUUGAAGAUUAUAUUGACGUUAUCGCGGCACUAGAUCCGAAUGAAAUACGUCAAACCGAAUUCGCGAACAUACAAGAACUAUAUAACGCUCUCAUAGGUGUCGAGAACACCUUACACCCGUCCAACGUUUCGGAAGCAAGUACCAGCGCUUCGAUCGAUGAGACGCAUACCGAUGAUAUCGGAUCCGCGACAUUGAUUAAAAAACAACUGAUUGAAUUACCCAAAGCGUCGUUACCGACAUUCGACGGCAAAUAUGAGAACUGGUUGUCGUUCAAAAACGCAUUUUAUAGCAUGAUAGGAUCACAGACCGAUCUGUCCGAUGCAGACAAGCUAAACUAUCUGAAACUGGCAUUAACCGGCGAAGCCGCUAGUAAAAUACGUAUUUUCGCGAUGAAAAACCUAAAUUACACCAAGGCGUGGGAAUUACUCGAACGGGCGUAUGAAGCCAGGUAUGAUGUGAAGCGGAUUCUAAUAUCACGUCAUUUAUCGCUACUCUUAAAUUUACCGACAUUAGUUGAAGAAUCCACAAGCGAUUUAUUCAAGCUCGCAGACGCUGCGCAACAACAUGUGGCAUCACUAAACACAUUGGGGUUUUCCAUCAAUCCCGAAAUGGUUAUCACCAUCUUAGAAAACAAGCUACCAAAGAGCGUAUUAGAAAGGUGGGAGACAACUAUUAAAAAAGACGAGUUUCCCCCACUCAGUCAAAUGUACAAAUUUCUGUACAAAUCCGCGGUUUGCGCAUCAAAACUCGAAAUAAUGAAAACAACCGAGACAGAAAGGGACAAGGGUGAACCUGAGUGUAUUGAAAUCGAAUGA